AUGUACGAGCGGGCGCUGCGAGGAUAUGAGGAUGCGCUAGGAUACGAGGAUGUGGAGAAACACAGGUCAGCGCUCAAUACAAUGGAGAACUUGGGCAAUCUUUAUAGAAAGCAGGGAGAGCGUUCAAUAUGUUUUUGGGCCGUCCAGCGAUCGAUAUCAACGUAUCAGAGCCACAAUAGCUGCCAUGGGCCAUUUCUAGAAUGUAGACGAUAUCACAGAGCCGCCCAUGAAAUGGCAACACCUGAUAGCGGCAACGGCGGCUUGAUUUCUUCCACAUAA